UUUAGUUAACUUGUUGAAAAUAUAUACUUUCUAUAUCAAAAAGUUGAGUUCAUUUGUUGGAGCUAGAAUAAUGGUAUAUCUUUUGUUUCUUCUUUCAAUAUUACACAAAGAGACUUUUCAAUCUUUCACAAUGGUUAACGAUACAGAAAUUAAAGAAAAUCAGCUGUUGGUUAUUUUAACAAAUCUUCCAAAAGAGUACGAAUUAUCGUUUAACUUUAAACCAACGAAAUUUUUAAAUAAAUCAGCGAGUGUAAUUCAUCUUACUCAGGGUGGCGAUAAAAAUAAGUACGGAGAUAGAACACCAUGUGUUUGGGUGUCACCUGAUAACUAUUUAUAUUUUAGUUCUGCAAUAAACGGUACAUCUGACACAAUAAUUAAGUCACAUGUGAUUUCCCCUUUAAAUGAAUGGACAAAGAUAAAAAUAACACAAUUCAAAUUUAGAAGUGAAUAUUUAUUUACAGUCGAAAUAGCAAACCAUAAAAUAUAUAAUGUACAAAACAUUAAUCCAAUGAACUUUAACAAUGUUAAAGUUUACUUGGGCAGUCCGUGGAUGUCCGCACAACCUGGGUUUAUAAAAAAUUUGAUAAUUGCAAACGCUUGUGCAGAAAUAUUAUUCAUAAACGGACAGUUCAAGAUAAAAAAAAAUCAUCUUGUAAAAACAUUACAUAAACUUCUAAAGGAAUAUGAACUAUCAUUUGAACUGCUUUUAACUUCAUACACCAAGUAUACGUUUACAAACAUUAUUCACUUAACUAUCGGUGACAAUGAAAAUAUUUAUGGUGCACGAAUCGCCUCGCUAUUUAUAAGAAUGGGUUCAUAUGGACACUUUGGCUUUUCAUUAAACAACAAAAUCAAUGAGCAUCUAGAAUCGGAUAAUCUUUUUCAGUUGAAUAACUGGACAACAAUAAAAAUAUCUCAGAUUCAUGUGGAAAACAAAUAUAUGUUUAACUUGUGGGUUGCAGAAAAUUUACUUUACUCUGUUGAAAAUAUUAGCCCGACAGAAUUUACCAACGUAAUGGUUUAUAUAAGCAAUCCUUGGUAUGAGGAACAACCUGGGUUUAUUCGAAACGUCAUUAUAAAAAAUGGGUAUGCAGCAGAAGGUGCGAUUUGUAAACCACUACUCAAUGUGAUCAUUAAUGAACUAUUUACAAACAAAAGCUAUCUGAGUGUUAACACUUCAAUUGGUUACGUUUAUGAGAGAGGUCUAAUUGCGUAUAACGUAGCGUGGGAAUACUUUUUACCUUAUUUCUCAACAAAAUUUCCCAAGAGCAAAGAAUAUUAUAACAAUGGUUUAAAAUAUGGCAUUUCUGGUGCAUUCAUAACAACUGGUGUGAAUCAAUAUAUGAAUAUAAGUUUGGAUACGACAAACUCUUUGUUGCGUGGUGACUUCACCUUAGAAAUUCCAUUGAAAAUUUCGUAUCAAAACAGUGCAGGAGAUACAUGGAAUCAAUAUGUAUCAAUUAAAAAAGUCAUAACUCAACCUUCCAAUAAAAGUCCAAUAGUUAGAAAAAGUUCUGAAGCUUUAAAAGGAAGCUAUGGCCGAGGAAUAUGCCUGGAUGAAAUCGAGUCAUCAAUUUACGCCUGCAUGAAUCUCUAUGUCGAGACUCAUAACACAGCAUGCUUUAAGUCAACCAACUAUGGAGAACAAUGGAAAAGAUUAGAUCUACGCGUAGGCUCGAUUUUGGGUCAUCACACAUUUACUAGAGACUUGUAUGGAAUACAUCGAAAUCAAAAAACUUACUUGACAUAUGAUAAAACUUAUAGAAAAUGGUUAGUUAUUACUAACGACGAGUUUGAGACAAAUAUAUCAAAUAAAUUAAAUGAUACUACAUGUUUGAAGUUGGAAGGAAAUAACGAACAGGUUUUUAUGUUUCACACUCAACAAUGGAUGGGAAACGACACAGGUUUGUUUUAUCGAAAAUUUCCAAGCGAGUCAUGGUUUCAACGAGUUGAUUGGAAUACGUUUUCAUAAAUUUUAUUUUAAAAGAUAGAACUACAAAUUAAUUUGUUAAAUAUAUUGAUACUUCAA